CAAAAGGGAGGACUGAACCCACAAAGCUAAAAGCCAUGGAUUCUCUUCUUCAAUUCCCAACAGUAGUUGUCCUCCUCUUUUCCUUCCUGGUAUUACUUUACUACUUGCUUCCAUGGAGGUCAAGGAAUACUACAAAGCUCAUCAGUCCUAGCAAUAAAAGGGUUUCACCACCAGAAGCUGCAGGGGCAUGGCCAAUAAUUGGUCACCUCCAUCUCUUAGAUGGUAAUCCCAUUCCUCACAUUACUUUGGGAGCAUUGGCUGACAAAUAUGGACCAGCCUUCACCAUUCGGCUUGGUAUGCAACCUACUUUGGUGGUAAGUAGUUGGGAAGUGGCUAAAGAAUGUUUUAGUACAAACGAUAGAGCUCUUGCCACUCGAUCCAAGGCAAUUGCUACAAAGCUCAUGGGCUAUAACUAUGCUCUAUUUGGUUUCGCUCGUUAUGGAACUUAUUGGCGUGAGGUACGCAAGAUUGUCAUGCUUGAGCUUCGCUCCAAUCGAAGGCUUGAGAUGGUGAAGCAUGUCAGAGCCUCGGAGAUCGAAGCCUUCAUAAAAGAGAUAUACAAGAAUUGGGAAGCUGCAGCAGCAGAGAAGCAGCAAGGUCGAGUGUUGGUUGAUAUGAAAAAAUGGUUUGCAGAUUUGACACUAAAUAUUAUUGUUCGAAUGGUGGCUGGGAAACGAUACUUCGGAAAGGCUGAUGCAGAGGAGGCGAAGAGGUGUCAAGAAGGAGUUAGAGAAUUUUUUCAUUAUAUAGGGUUAUUUGUGGUGUCAGAUGCAUUUCCCUUUCUUGAGGGUUUGGAUUUGCAUGGAUAUGAGAAAGCGAUGAAGAAGACAGCCAAAAACUUGGAUUCUAUAGUUGAUGGAUGGUUGAAGGAGCAUAAGAAGAAGCGAUCGUCUGAUGAGUAUGCCAAGGCCAACAAGGAUAGUAGUGACCAUCAAGACUUCAUGGACGUUAUGAUAUCUAUCAUGGAGGAUUCAAAGAUCUCAUCGACAGAUUAUGAUGCUGAAACGGUCAUCAAAGCUACUUGCCUUAAUAUGAUUCUAGGUGGCAAUGACACUACUGUGGUUACUUUCACAUGGGUCCUCUCAUUAUUACUCAACAAUCCUCACGUUUUAAAAAGAGCCCAAGAUGAGUUAGACAUGCACGUUGGCAAGGAGAGACAAGUGGACGAAUCAGAUAUAGUUAAGUUGGAAUAUCUCCAAGCAAUAGUAAAGGAAACAUUGCGACUCUACCCUGCAGCUCCACUAUCUGCUUCACAUGAAGCAAUAGAAGAGUGUACCAUUUCUGGUUUUCACAUUCCAGUAGGAACUCGUAUUCUGACAAAUCUCUAUAAAAUUCAAAGGGAUCCAAGAGUAUGGUUGGAACCAUCUGAAUUUCGACCAGAGAGGUUUCUCACGAGCCAUGCCGAUAUCGAUCUUCGAGGUCAGCACUUUGAGUUCAUCCCUUUUGGCUCCGGCAGGAGAAUGUGUCCAGGGAUUUCUUUUGCUCUUCAAGUCCUGCACUUGGGUUUGGCUCGUUUGCUUCAUGGGUUCGAAUUUGCAACCCCUUUGAACGCACCAGUGGAUAUGACAGAGAGCCCAGGGCUGACCAACCUCAAGGCAACACCACUUCAAGUCCUUCUCAGCCCACGUCUUCCUUCUGAAGUUUAUGGAUAAAGUCUUACUAUUGUUUCAUCG